GAAUAAGAGAUCAGUCGAUUUGAUUUGGUUUUUCAAUACUCAACUAUAUUUUCGCUAUAUUUCCUGUUAAAAUUACUUAAUAGAGCAAAACCAUCUUUUUAUCCCUCGCUUUAUAUUCGUAGUUUUUUAGGCUAUUUUCAGACACUAUCACAUCUAAGGAUGGCUUUGGUGCCAUAUGAUGAGAAUGUACUGCAUGCUCUGUCAAAAUUGCACCAAAAUUCAGCAGAAUUUAAUCUGGCCAAUCACAGGAUCAGACUCAGCCAGGACUGGAAUCGAUUAGGCGUCGCUGCUGUGGUUUGGGACGCAGCGGUGGUGCUGUGCAUGUUCCUGGAGAUGGGAAACGUUGAUCUAAAGGGCAAGAGUGUUAUUGAGCUAGGGGCGGGCACAGGUUUGGUUGGCAUUGUAGCUGCUCUGCUUGGAGCCAAUGUGACAAUUACAGAUCGAGAAGCUGCUUUGGAAUUUCUUUCAGCUAACGUGCACGAGAACAUUCCUCCCAGCCAGCAGGGGGCAGUGCGCAUAUCCGAGCUCACCUGGGGGGAGAAUCUAGAACUCUACCCUUCCGGCAGCUAUGACCUGGUCCUGGGAGCUGACAUUGUUUACCUGGAAGACACGUUCCCUGCUCUCUUAAAGACUCUAGAGCACCUGAGCUCGGAGAACACAGUGGUGGUGUUGUCCUGUCGGAUUCGUUACGAGCGAGAUGAAAGGUUCCUGAUGGAGCUACGGCAGAAGUUCUCAGUGGAAGAGGUCCAUUAUGACUCUCAAAGGGACAUUCAUAUUUAUAGAGCUGUGAAGAUCACGACCAAAACUGAACUGUAAAGAACCAUAGAGUGGACAUUCCUUUUUGUAAUUCAAACCAUUUUAAGCUUUAUAAUAUGAACUGAAGUCAUGGACUAAAACACUAAAAGUGGCCUCAAAAGGGUUGUUUACAUGCUGUUUUUCUUGUACUUGCCUCCUCCUAUGUAUUUUCAUUACUUCCAGUUAUUUUUAAAAGCGAGUGCUUGGGUUACGAACUAAAUGGAUUGGUUUUGAAUCGGAUGUAUGAUUAGUGAAACAUGAAAGAGUAAUAAAUAAUCAAAUAUAUAAUAUCACUUUUUAAAAAUCAGUUUCCCUUUUAUACAAAUGUCACCAGUUUUACACUAUAUGGCUUGAGACACUAUAUAUAUAUAUUAUUUUAUUUUUUCUCCACAAUUUUGGAAUGCCCAAUUUCCACUACCUAGUAGGUCCUCUGGGUGGCGCGGUUACUCACAUCAAUCCGGGUGGCUAUCUCCACUUCUAAGAUCCAUGCAUCUUAUCACUCGCAUUAUGUGGAGGCUCAUGCUACUCUCUGCUAUCCUUGCACAAUUUACCAUGCUCCCCAUUGAGAGUGAGGAGGUUACCCUAUGUGACUACCCUCCCUAGCAACCGGGCCAAUUUGUUUGCUCCGGAGACCUGGCUGGAGUCACUCAGCACUCCCUGGAUUUGAACUCAUGACUCCAGGGGUGGUAGUCAGUGGCAAUACUCGCUGAGCUACCCAGGCCUUCUACCUUCAUAUAUUUUUACUAAAACAAAAUUUCUUUGUGAAUGAACAAGGUGCAAAAAUUACUUAUUUUCUUGGAAACAAGAUAAAUAUUACAUCGUACUAAAGUAUUACUGUGGAACCCAGUCAAGUUUAUUAUUAUUAUAUAAUGCUUAAUUAUUGUUAUUUUCAUGAUAAGAUUAGUUAAAGAUGAAUUUAAGAUUUAACACGUUAAUUCAGUGGGAUUACCACCUCUUUUCUUCAGGGGGCAGUAAGCGAAUCUGCAGCUCAAACAGAACAAACCACACUCACUGACGGCAGACAGCACAACAUGAGCAUGCGUUAUUUUAUUCAAAACACAGCUUGAUAUAGCACAAAUCCGAACCUAAGAAUCUCAAGACGUGUUUUUCUAAGUAUUAAACUACGUUUAACUUGACACAGUGACCUAAAAAUGAUAUGUUUAUGAUGUGACGCAACCAAGGUGAGACCCAAAGCAUCAAUCUGAAGCAGGUGUACAUUGACGCAUCCUUAGAAAAGCCCUCAUAAUAAAUCUCGGACUAACUGACAAAUUCAAUUGCAAAAUGAAUUGCUGUGAACUGGAAGGCAAUGAUUGGCUUGUGUUCAAUAAUAUGCAAAUAAACAAUACAGUGGA